AUGACGGCAAGACCAGUGCAGCGGGGCUAUGGCGGCGCCCUUUUCGACCGCUUCACAACGUGGCUUGAGGGUCUGCCUGCCGAAACAUGCACCUACACUACAACACCGGUGAGGAUCCCCCUCAAAGGCGAAGAGGACGUCCAGCUUGCGGCAGACCUCUACACCCCCGUCCUCAAGAACCACGAGACCCCAUCGGGGACUAUCCUCGUGCAAUGUCCCUACGGCCGCGGCCUGAUGGGCAUGACCGCACGCCCCUAUGCGUCGCGUGGCUACGUCGUGCUCUUCGUCUCCACCCGCGGCACCUUUGGGUCCGGCGGCGAGUUCGACGCAGGCAGGGUGGAGUCGGACGACGGGCCGCGCAUAGUGGAGUGGAUGCGCCAGCAGCCGUGGUACACGGGGAGCUUCGCGACGAUCGGUGCGAGCUACCUGGCCUACACGCAGUGGUCUGUGAUGGACGGCUCUGAUGGCCCACCCGAGGACAUGGUUGCGGCCGUCCCAAGCGUCGGGCCUCACGACUUUUCCGAGCUGCUCUGGGGUACGGGUGCUCUGUGGCUGGCAUGCGUUGACUGGGCGCACAAUAUGAGCAUCCAGGAGUCGCAAUCGUUCUUCAGUCAGGUUUACAGCUUGUUCAAGACCGACGUAAAUACCUUGCGCCACGUGAAGAAGUCCGUGCCGCUUGUCGAAGGCGCCAGGUCCUUCUUCAGAGGGAAGUCACCCUGGGUUCUUGAAUGGAUCGCUCGCCCAGACUGGGCAAACGAUCCUUUCUAUGACUCCAUGAAGCACGGAAAGGCUCUCCACACGUCCAAAGUUCCAACCCUCCUGAUUGGUGGCUGGCAAGAUAUCUUUGCAGCCAUGGCGGUGGAGCAAUACCAGCUGCUUCGGGACAGAGGUUGCAAUGUGGCCUUAACCGUGGGUCCCUGGAACCAUCUCCAAUCUCCCAAUGGAGAGGGCGUGACGAAACAGACACUGGACUGGUUGGACAAGUACCUUGCUAAACGGAAGGAGGGGGAAGUCCGGCCAGCUCCGGUCAGAAUCAAUGUCACAGGAGUCAACGAGUGGAGAUGGCUGCCCAGCUGGCCUCCUGUCACAACUCCCCUGGAACUGAGUCUUCGCCCGCGGGGAGGCCUUGUCAGACAGCAUCUAGACAAGAGACACGAGGUAUCGUUUACCUUCGAUCCUCACGACCCGACCCCAACGAUGGGUGGUCCCCUACUGUUCCGAGGUGGCAUAGUGGACGACACGGCACUGGCAAAACGCUCCGACGUUCUCGCCUUUACCACAACGCCCCUGGAUUGGGGCCUGGAAGUGCUAGGCAAGGCGCACAUCGAGCUAGGCCACAGCAGCGACAGUGUGCACGCUGACCUCUUUGUUCGCCUCUCCGAGGUUGAUGCCAAGGGCGUCUCGCACAACGUCACUGAGGUGUACAAGCGGCUCGACCCCAGCCGUGCCGUAGCUGGUCAGCCGGUGAAGGUCGAGCUGGAUCUGGUGGACUGUGCCCAUAGAUUUGAAAAGGGGACUUGCAUCAGGGUACUUGUUGCUGGUGGCAACUUCCCUCACUACUCGUUUAAUUUGGGCACAGGGGAGGACCAGGGGACUGGGACCAUGAUGAAGCCAGUUACGCAUACUUUGCAGCUGGGCGGUGAAUUAGAAUCGAAGCUGGUGCUGCCUGUAUCAUUUCUGGAUUAG